UUGAAGGUGCUAAUAUCAAGCGCUGAGGAACUGAAGUACAAAUAUUUCAAAAAAGGCACAGCAGUAUGCAUUGAGGGACCACGCUAUUCCUCACGCGCCGAAAGCGAGGUGUUUCGCAGCUGGAAUUGCGAUAUUAUCAAUAUGACCGUUUGUCCAGAAGUUUAUUUGGCGAAAGAACUUGGCAUUCCGUUUGCGACAACGGCACUUGUAACCGACUACGACUGCUGGAGAGAGGGCGAAAAGGUUGUUUCAGUGAGAUUAUAA